AUGGACGUCAAUGUAGCUGACGGAUCCAUAUAUUUCUUUGAUAUCAUCUCUCAGUGUAUAAACCGUUUGGAUUCAGGAAAUAUCGAAAAUGUCCACUGUGGGAUUUCAAGUUCAGCUUUCACCUCAAUAGCGUACGAUUGGGUCAGUGAAAACAUGUACUGGACGGACGGCUUAUUUAACUGGAUAGCUGUUCAGCCUGUUAAUACGACAGACCGGAGCAUGUACAGGGUCAUAAUCCAGGACGAUAUAGAAAAGCCAAGUGCAUUAGCAGUGGAUUCUACAGCAGGCGUUGGACAAGAUUGUCAGUUUUUGACAGUCGACACCAGUAACAAACUUAUCUACUACGUUGAUGCGGCAUCGAACUUCAUCAAAGAAUACGAUAUGGCUGCAAACAAAAACCGUCAGAUAGCCGCUGUUGACACGGUGUCAGGGAUUGUAUUCGACUGGAAAGACAGAAAUCUGUAUUGGUCUUCCAGAGGCAAGGUGAAAUACGCUACCAUAGCAACACUUGCUGCCAGGGAGCUUGUCGAAGUAUCUUCACCUCCUUCUCACUUAACCAUAGAUUCACACUCCAGAACGCUUUUCUGGGUGGAGGGAACGAGUGGGUAUGACAUGAGUAUUAUAUCCAUGUCACUUGUUUCGAAAGAGAAAACCACUAUACUGAAGCAGGUAGCCCCAGCAUUCAUAAAAGAUAUCUUCUUCGAUACUUCAAGUGACAGACUGUACAUUGUACAGUCCGACAAGUUUACUAGUGUAGCACGAAACGGCAGUGAUAUCCAAUUUUUCAACGACCUUCAAUACGUGGACAAACUGAUAAUAUACAAGAGAUAUGCCAUCUGGUCUACAUCUACACAUUCUGAGUUGUAUUAUAAAGGUCUUCAACGUGAUUCUUUACAAACCUCCACGUUAACAAGCGACUUAGGGGUGAUCACUGGAUUGGCAAUUUUCGACGAGGCAUUACAAAGGCAGUCAAAAGGUCCAUGCUCUAAACUGAAUGGUGGAUGUGAACAACUCUGCAUGACUGGCAUACUCGGAGAUGCCGUUUGUGAAUGUUCAUAUGGACUGACUCUUCAAUCGGACGGGAAAACGUGUAGCAGCGUACCACAAUCAUCUAACUUCCUGCUGGUGACAGACUUAAACCAUGGCAACGUUUUUCAAGUAUCUACAUUGGAUGCACAAAUAACUGCCUUAGACAUCAAUACCGGUGGUAGGCCGGUUGAUGCACUGUUUGACCCCAAAACUUCGUUUGUAAUUUGGAGUGAAAUUAAUGAUGGCAGCAUCUUUAAAUCAACACUCAAAGGACGCAACUUAGAAGUAGUAUUCACGGCAACAGUACAAGGUGAAGCCGGGACGACAUCCCCUGGUAGUGUUGGGGUACUCAAACCUUCUUCGAGAUUUUAUAAAAUUCUGGUGAAUGACUUAAGUAUUGUAUACGGGUUAGCCAUAUAUCCGUCGAAGGGGUGA